ACACCAACCCCAGCGCCAGCGAGCCGGAAGGCCACGCGGCACCGACGCGAAAUGCGAAUUGGCAGCCUCUGCCACGGUGACGUACCGCCGCGGAAUUCUCCGCUCCCCUCGCGACUCGCGGUCGCGUGCAAGCGGGCAUGCUCUGUCCUCGUUCCCCUGAUGGAUACUAAAACAGGGGAGGCCCAGCAGGCAACAGGGAAAAAGAAACGAAGCCCCAUUUAUUUAAUAUAACGCAGAGCGCAGUCCUACACCUAGUCGUACUGGUCUACUGGACGUCGUGUUGUUUAUAGUCAACUAGCUUGGACCUACGCCGUCGUCACCUUCCGCGGCCGCCACCAGGCGCGCUUCCAUGCGCAUCGUCUGUUCCCCGGCCCCCGUUCGCCGUUGCGCGUUUGCCUCCGCGCCUAAGAAAGCAGACCACGCAAUCGAGAACCUUAAAGGCAAAGAAACCGUGAACUUUAUGUUCGCGCACCGCAGCAAAGGUGCCGCCGCAGCCACAGCCACAGCCGCGCUCGCCCCAAGAGCAACGUCCAAGUCCUCCCCCUCCCACCGCCCGCCAUGUCUUGCUCCGACGAUAUGGCGGCGUUCUACGACGCCUGGGUGGGACGCGAGGAGCAGAUCGUGGCGGAACUAACGGCGGCGCUCGCGCUCCAGCCCCGGCGCAGGGGCGACGCGCUAGCGCUGCUCGUUGACGGUGCCGUCGCCCACGUGGCCGCCUACUACGAGCACAAGUCCCGGCUCGCCGACCGCGACGUCGUGGCCGCGCUGGACCCCCGCUGGCUCAACCCGAUCGAGCGCACCUUCCUGUGGGCCUGGGGGUGGAAGCCCGCGCUCAUGUUCCGCUUCGUGGAGAGCGUCGGCGUCGGCUUGCGCCUCGAGCAGCGGCGCGCGCUGGAGGAGCUCCGCGGCGCCACGGCGGCCGCCGAGCGGGAGGUGGACCUGCAGGUGGCGGCCGUGCAGGAGUCGCUGGCGGGCCCGAGGGUGCUGGCCGCCCUGCGCAGGCAGCCCCUGCGGAACGGCGAGGCCGAAGAUGCCGUGGCGGUCGUCGGGCGCUCGCUGCGCGUGCUGCUGGUCGCGGCCGACGCGCUGCGGGACCGCACGCUGCGCGGCGUCGUCGGGCUGCUCGCGACUGACCAGGCCGGCGCGGUCGUCGUGGCCAUGCUGAGGUUCCAUCUCGGUGUCCGCCGCGCCGGCCGCGACUGGAGCUCCGGGCACGGAGCCCAGCGGCGCACCUAACAGAACGGAGCUGCUUUUUAUGUUAUGUUACGUGCAUGGGCACCAAAAGCCGGUCAAAUGUCACUGUCAGCGUUUGUGUCCGGUCCGUCGAACAAACGUUGGCACUAAGCGGAACCUGAGUCAUCCUGUGACGGCAUCUGCUCAUGUGUUUUCCUUUCAGCAUAUCAUGCGAACAGUCAACCGAGACUGUUCGUCGACGUUCAAGACUCCAGAGUCCAGCGUCA